CGCACGCACUCGUGUCGACUUUAUCGAAGCAAGGGGGCGCGCUUUAUUGACUCUUGUUCCACUGGCAGUUCAAGUGCGACGUCCAAAGGAGCCACGCUCGUUCACGGAAAUAAACGACGCUUAAAACAGUAGAAGGCCCCCCUCCACACGACCGAGCGCCGGGAACCGAACGGGAUUUAGUGGAGCGGAACGAUGGCGGAGUCGGGCAACAGUGCAGCAGCAGCAGCAGCGGCGGCGGCAGGAGCAGGAGGAGCCGCGGGUUCGAACGGCAGCGUCGCCGAUGCUGGAGGAACAGCCGCGCCCGGUGGAGCCACUGGAGCCGCGGGAUCUAAACCUGGCCUGGAGUCGGUGAAAGGACAGAAUUUCGACGUGGGCCCGCGUUACACUGACCUCCAGUAUAUCGGGGAAGGGGCUUACGGGAUGGUGUGCUCUGCUUUUGAUAAUGUCAACAAGCUCCGAGUUGCCAUUAAGAAGAUCAGCCCGUUCGAGCACCAGACGUACUGCCAGCGCACACUGAGGGAGAUCAAGAUCCUGCUGCGCUUUCGCCACGAGAACAUCAUCGGCAUCAACGACAUCCUGAGAGCGCGCCGCAUCGACUACAUGCGUGAUGUCUACAUCGUCCAGGACUUGAUGGAGACGGACCUGUACAAGUUGCUGAAAACCCAGCAGCUCAGCAACGAUCACAUCUGCUACUUUUUGUACCAGAUCCUGCGUGGGCUGAAGUACAUUCACUCUGCCAAUGUCCUCCACAGAGACCUGAAGCCCUCCAACCUGCUCAUCAACACCACUUGUGACCUCAAGAUCUGUGAUUUUGGGUUGGCUCGGAUAGCCGACCCCGAGCAUGAUCACACUGGAUUCCUGACGGAGUACGUGGCCACUCGCUGGUACCGUGCUCCAGAGAUCAUGCUCAACUCCAAGGGCUACACAAAGUCCAUUGAUAUCUGGUCAGUGGGUUGCAUUCUGGCUGAGAUGUUAAACAAUCGGCCCAUUUUCCCAGGAAAGCACUAUCUGGACCAACUCAAUCAUAUACUUGGUGUUCUGGGUUCUCCUUCUCAGGAAGAUCUAAACUGUAUAAUCAACAUGAAAGCCAGGAACUACUUGCAGUCUCUUCCACAGAAGCCCAAAAUCCCCUGGAGCAAGCUCUUCCCCAAGGCGGAUAGCAAAGCUUUGGAUUUGUUGGACCGCAUGUUGACCUUCAACCCCAUCAAGCGUAUAACGGUGGAAGAAGCACUUGCGCACCCUUACCUGGAGCAGUACUACGACCCCACUGACGAGCCGGUGGCUGAGGAACCUUUCACUUUCAACAUGGAACUAGAUGACCUUCCUAAAGAGAAGCUAAAGGAACUCAUCUAUGAGGAGACAGCACGAUUCCAGGCCAACUACCAAGGCUCCUGAGGGAAGCAAGCACCCAAGGAGAGCACCCAAUCCACGCUAAGGCUAAGAACAAGAUAACUCCAAACAAGCUACAAAAGAUGUACACAUAUGAUAUUAAAAAAAAAAAAAACAAAGGAAAAAAAAGUACAUGGAAAACUUGAGCGUUUUUCUUUUCUUUCUCUCUCGCCUGGAGGCUCUGUUUGGGUUUCUACCCUGCUAUGUUAACACCAUCGAACGGGGGCAGCUGUGUCCACCGUGUCGCUCCAUGCUGCGCACAGCCCCUACUCUUUUACUCUUUCUGCUUGUCUUCUGCUCAGACUGUUGUUGUUUUUUUUCCCUCUCAUCCUCACACACUCUCACUCUCUCAUCUUGUCACAUUUGGCCUGCAAUCAGUCUAUUGUUUAUGCCAUUAAACGGAGAAAGAGCAGAGAGGGAGCGAACGAGCGAGCAUAUCGUUACUGUGGGCUCUGGCUGGGUGUGUACAUGUAUGUAUAUGUACUCCCCCCCCCCCCCCAUACUAUCUGAGUAUUGUCUGUGCAAGAUCCGUUUGUACACUGUAAUUUGAAUGUUAUGAUUCUUUAAAGAAGUGUGUUUUGUAAGUGGAGAGUUUAUAUUUGAGUAUUUGUUAGAUAUUUUUUUUUUUUUUUUUUUUUUUUAAAGAAAAAAAAAUUUUGAGAAGCCAGGUUGGUUUUCCUUGUGCGCUUUUGUGCUCCAGAUUGUAAAAGCCAAUGCUGGUAAUUCUAAAAAAAAAAAAAAAAAAAAAGGAAGAUAUACAGGAUGAAGAUGUAUAGAACUGAAUCUUGCUUUAUUUACUGUACCAUAUCUGAUUCCAUUGGUGUGUUUUUGUAUUUUUUUUUUCCCCCUUCUCAAACGCUCUCGCCAGUGUCCUUGGAAAAUGAAGCCAUCAGUAUCAUAAAACUCAAAUAUCAUCCCCACAUCCCUUUUUUUCUUCUUUUUGUAUCUGUUUGUCACAUUGUACACAUUGUAUGUUCAUUUCCUCGAUGUUCCUUACUGUGUAGAUCAUCGCCCAGUUGUUCACUCGUUUUUGAUUGUGUUGCUCUUGCUCUUAAUAAGGAUAAGCAUAUUUUUUUUAUUUCAGGUUUUAACCGCUGAUCCGUUGACGCCGCUUUCCUUCAGCAUUCCUUUGCGUUCUUUCUCCUCACACGUUGCCAGUUGAGGAGGCAUAGCCAAGCCGAGCGCUUUCAGAGCCAUAGCACACACUCCUUCCCCCCUGGUGAUGUCACAAUUUCUUCAAAAAAAAGGGCUUUUUUCGACGGGGCUUGCUGACCUCAACACCUCUCUCUCUCUCUCUCUCUCUCUCUCUCGCCUGUGAUCGGCUGACCUUGUGAUAAUGUAGUCUGUGACUGGCUGACUUUGCAUGCACCAAAUCACAGGUAGUAUUUCCUAUUCUCCUGCUCGUUCGAAGAAGUGUUAUUGCCUCGUUUGUUUCCUGCAACCGAUUAAACGCCUGUAUAAACAAAACGCAUAUGUAUGCUUUUUGUAUAGCGCCGAUGAGGAAAGCUAGCUCUAGAUGAGGGGAGUGGAGAAAUUUUUCUAAAAAAUAAAUAAAUAAAUGGUCUUGAUUUCUGCACCGAUGUUCUCUAAUAAUGUUGUUGAUUAUACCUGUGUGGGGGAAACAGAAGUGCACUCUACAGCAUGUUUCAUAAAUCUGUUGAAUUACGUUCUUCAAUCUGUGCACCUGCACUUUUGUCUCACGACCAAACACUUCAUUUGAUUUCCUGUCUUCUCGUUAUAGAAACUUUUUUGCUUGACAGAGACAUGACAGAACUCUUGUAGUACUUGGUCUAUUUUUUUAUUUUUUUUCUCCUCUGCUUUUUUCCUCUUGCUUUGCUGGUGCAUUGUGGGACAGGAAGGCACAGAUGGUUGGGCUGCCUCCCCAUGUCUGUGUCCGCAUGUCUGUCUGUUUCAGCUAUGAGCUGCUUUUUCCUCUGCUUCCUCUCGCUGCGUGGAACUCCGAGCCGAGGGGAACAAAUCAUUACCAAGGAAAAUUUGUUAUGCCGCGUUGUUGUUGAUGUAUUGCUUAUUUACAAACGGGACCAUAGGGACUGAACAAUCACACAGCACACAACUUACAGAUAUCCAUCACUCACACAAAGCAGUAUAUGAUUCGAGACCUACAAAUGAGGCAGAUUUACUAAUGUCCUUUUAAUGGCUGUUCUUAUAAUUAUUGCUGUUAUAUUGACGAGUCGUUUUUUUAAGAACUGAAAAAGGGAUGUAAAACUUUUGUCUUUUUUUUUUUCUUUUUCGUUUCUCUGUGUGCGUGUGAAUUAAUUGGGUGUGUCGUCACUCUGUCGGAAAUCUAUUUCCCCCCCUGAAUCUUUUAAGGAUUUAUUUUAAAAAGAUGAUUUAAAGCUAUGAGUAGAUUGUCAAGAAAUAUGAACCAUGGAUGGUUUUAGUGUAUGUACAUGCUUAUGGGUAUUAUGAAUUAAACAGUUAACAAAGAAACAGACUUAUAUACAUAUAUUAAAUAAAAUUCCUGAUACUGUAA